AUGUCACAAAUUAUUGCUUUUACAAAUGAUACACAAUCAUAUACAAUUUUUUAUCAACAAUUAGCUGAAGAAUUUCACCGAGUCUUUUUUAUAUUAUCAGCUGAAUAUUAUGCUGAUGGAAUGCAAGCAGCACAAAUACUUACUUUAGCUUUACCUAAUGUUGUACCAUUGAAUGUACGGGAUUCACUUUUAAGACAUUUAAUUCAAGAUAUUAAUAAUAAAGGAAAUCAUUAUAAUUUAGCUGUUGAAUUAGUUUUUUUAAUAACAUAUCCAUCAUAUGGUUAUAUGUUUAAUAAUCCAUAUGAAAAUGUUACAACUAUGUGGGAAUUAUGGGAUGUACCCAUGAAAGGACCAGGAAUGGAUUUACGUAAUCAUAAUAUGUUUACAAGCAUUGGUGCAUGA